UAGCUCCUCAGUUUCUCGCAAGUUGUGCGCUUGUUCUUGGGGAGAAGAUCAGUCCCUUGCUGCGUAGAAGGGCUCCGCGGACGAGGAAGCGGCGCCCCAGGAAAGGUGGUUAGCCGCGGCAGAAGCAGCCCAGAGAAGCGAGGGGAUAGGCGAGCGAGCGGCUGAGAUGUGCGCGGAGGAAGCCCGGGGGGCUCCCGACGGUGGCUGAGGAGGCUGCAGUCCGGCCGGCCGCCCUCCUCGUUUCCCCCGUUAAGCUCUGGCUCAUGACAGCGAAUUCUUGGCGGGGCGGCCCAGGGAACCGCAGCGAGCCCGGCUGAGGGGAAUAGCGGCGCCUCUUUUCUCCGUUCGAAGUUUGCUGCUCGCGGGCGGGCGGCGCGGAGUAAAGUUUUGUUUUGUUUAUUAAUGGUGGUUCCUCCGGUUGAGACCUUGAAUGUGGGAGACCAUUUAAUCCUGGAUUAAGAACGGCUUCUUCGGGGGGCCUCCUUGCCCUGGUCUGACCCCCCCUCUCGUUCGCUCCGCUUUUUGUUUUUUUCUUUCGUUUCCCCCCAUUAGAAGAUACUGAGGUUUCCCUCAUUUUUGCCUAGUUUAGAGGCUGCUCCUUUCUGGGGGCUUAAGAAGCUUAUCUCCUCCGAGGUGUUGGGUCAAAAAGGCCUCCUUGAUCGGCUACCCUUUGGGUCAAGAGCCCCUUUCUCGGGAAGCUCCGCCUUGCUGGAUCAGGAGUCUUCCUCCUGGGCUCGGGAGGGUUCUUGGAUUAGGUGCUUCCUUGCCCCCCCCUUCCCCGCCGUCUGCUGAGCUGUAUUGUCGAAGAGAAAGGAGUCGGCGACCCCUGCUUGAGUUUCAUCCGCGCCCACGCCAUGUCGACGGUCAUCUCCGCCGCGGAGAAAGUGGACGGCUUCACACGGAGAUCGGUGCGCAAGGCUCAAAAGCAGAAGAGGUCGCAGGGCUCCUCGCAGUUCCGCACGCAGAGCAGUCAAGUGGAGCUCGCCCCGCUGCCCCAGCUCAAAGAUGCCACCUCAAAUGAACAGCAAGACCUCUUCUGUCAGAAGCUGCAGCAAUGUUGUGUAUUGUUUGAUUUUAUGGACUCAGUCUCGGACUUGAGGAGCAAAGAAAUUAAAAGAGCAACGCUGAAUGAACUGGUGGAAUAUGUUUCAACAAAUCGUGGUGUGAUUAUUGAAUCAGCAUAUUGUGACAUAGUGAAAAUGAUUAGUUCUAAUAUCUUCAGAACACUUCCACCAAGUGAAAAUCCAGAUUUUGAUCCAGAAGAAGACGAGCCAACAUUAGAAGCUUCUUGGCCCCAUAUACAGCUGGUAUAUGAAUUUUUCCUGAGAUUUUUAGAGAGCCCUGAUUUCCAGCCUAGCAUUGCGAAACGUCAUAUUGACCAGAAAUUUGUACAGCAGCUGUUGGAGCUUUUUGAUAGUGAAGAUCCACGAGAGCGCGACUUCUUAAAAACUGUCCUUCAUCGAAUUUAUGGCAAAUUCCUUGGAUUACGAGCAUUCAUCAGAAAACAAAUCAACAAUAUUUUUCUCAGGUUUAUAUAUGAAACAGAACAUUUCAAUGGUGUUGCUGAACUCCUUGAGAUACUUGGAAGUAUUAUCAAUGGGUUUGCAUUGCCAUUGAAAGCAGAGCACAAGCAGUUCCUUAUGAAGGUUCUUCUUCCCAUGCACACUGCAAAAGGAUUAGCUUUAUUUCAUGCACAGUUGGCCUAUUGUGUUGUUCAGUUCCUGGAGAAAGAUAUGACAUUAACAGAGCCGGUUAUUAGAGGAUUGCUCAAAUUUUGGCCAAAAACGUGCAGCCAGAAAGAGGUAAUGUUUUUAGGUGAAAUUGAAGAAAUUCUGGAUGUAAUAGAACCAACACAAUUUAAAAAAAUACAAGAGCCUCUGUUUAAACAGAUAGCCAAGUGUGUGUCAAGUUCACAUUUUCAGGUUGCAGAAAGGGCUCUGUACUUCUGGAAUAAUGAAUACAUUCUCGGUCUGAUUGAGGAGAACAUUGAUAAAAUUCUGCCAAUUAUGUUUGGUAGUUUAUACAAGAUUUCCAAAGAACACUGGAAUCCGACCAUUGUAGCAUUAGUAUAUAACGUGCUGAAAACACUGAUGGAGAUGAAUGGAAAACUAUUUGAUGAACUCACAAGCUCCUACAAAGCAGAGAGACAAAGAGAGAAGAAGAAAGAGCUAGACCGUGAAGAACUAUGGAGGAAACUGGAGGAACUAAAGCUCAAGAAAGCCCUGACAGAACAGAGCAGCACAAUAAAUACACAGAAUGAUGUUGAAGUGCCAAAUGAAAUACCCAGGGAUAUUUUUUUUAAUACGUAAAAUACAGAAGAGAAACCUCAUCAGUAUAUUAGAAAUGGCCAAUUUUUUUCCUCUGGCAAAAUGUAAAUGAAAGUUUUUGAACAGAAAUACAGUGAUUGAAUGUGACAUUAUUUACAUGGCAUAUUGUAAAUUUGUCUAAUCAUUGCUUAUAUGGUCACUUCUGACUUUUCACAAAUGAAUUUUAUCAUCCAUAAUGUGUGUGAUUUUUAAUUAUGGGAGUGGUGAAAAUUAUGACUUGAAAUUUUUUUAUUGUGUGUUGCACAUAGGUAUAGAAGUCAGCUAUUUACAUUUCCCCCAUAUGUGCUUUUCACAUUACUGCAAGCUUUGGCUGAGAUUUCUAGAGGAGACUUCUAGUUGUGCUGUAUUUUCUGAAAUGAAACCAAGGUUACAUUUGGGAGUAAGCCCUGUUGACUCAAGUUGGUCUUUUUUUUCUGAGUAAACACCCAAAAGAUUGGGCUGAAGAGUGUAUUUUAUCUGGAUGAGAUAACUCCUCUGCCCAUUGUAAUGCCACAGAUUUCAAAGCUGUUACUGCACAAAGCAUUCCAGAGAGCAAAGAACUGGGGUGGUGGUGAAGGGAGGGUUUAAAUAGAGCACAAGUUAAAAAUAUACCAGACAAGUACAAUCUGACUGGGUAGGGAGGAAGCAGCAGCUUUGGAUAUCUUGCUGCCACUUGGUCUUCGUAUGUCUGCCUUUAGUCAGGCAUUCAGUAGUUGAUUCUUUAUAACUGAGGAUGGCAUUUCCUUUUGAGCAUAUCAUUGAAGCUCCUAAUGGCCUCGAGUUCUUGUAGAACGUAACAGUUCUGUUUUGAGCUGGCUCCACAAAGUAGAGGCUUGGCUCCUGCAGUUCUUACCCAAGAAUGAAAUGCCUGUCUGAUGAAACAACUCCUUGUUUUAUUUAAUGAAAAUGCAGUGCUCUUAAGUUGGGAAAAGCUGACUUUACAAGUCUUUGUUUUUAUUUGAUGAGGUGGGGGAUAUUUUUUGCAUAUCUUUCUAUCAGAGUACCAUUCCAGGCUCCUUAAAUUGCAAUUGUGUGGACAAUGGUUUUGUGUUGAAAGAUUGAGGAUUGAGCAACAUUCAAUAAAGACUUUAUGUUUGUAA